GAGAGCGAGCAUGUGCUGUCAGCUGUUUAUUCGAUUUGAACAAGUAAUAUCUAGUGGGAAAAGGAGGAGAAAAAGGCGGGAUAAGAAAAGAGGUGGGUUCGAUGAUGGGGAAGGAAUACAUAACCGGACUGAUCGCGGACGCAUGCUUACAUCUGAAUAUGAGCAACAGUAGUUGCUUUCUAUCGUCGUGUUUUAAGCAUGAGCUCGGUGUGCGAGAGUUAUAACAACACGGAAAAAGUGUGGGUAGGAGCGUUUACUUGCCCAAAACCGGACCUCCGUUCAAACGCAGUUUACUGUUGCGGCUUCAACGACAGCAAGUACUGCUGUGACGACCCAAACAGCUUCUUCCCCUACGAGUAUGCCUACAUGUGGUGGCUGAGUGUAGGGGCGCUCAUAGGUCUGUCCAUUGCGGCGGUGGUGCUGCUGGCCUUCAUCAUCACCCUGUGUGUCCUGUGCUACCUCUUCAUGUCUACUAAACCCAGAGGCCUGGACAACGGCCUCCAUCUUAGAACAACAGUCUCCAGACCCCCGGACCCCAGACCCCAUGUCUCCAGCCAGCCGGUAGGCCCUGCCGGACCCCAGGGGCUGCGGAGACACUUUGUGAGGGGGAAGCUGGACUGUGAGAACCAGCCCCCCGAGCCGGAGCGCCUGUUCCAGCGAUGCUUCAUGGCCACGGCCACGACCAUCAACGUGGAGCGACCUGCGUAGAGCUGGGUUGUACUUCCCCUGUUCCCUGGCAGGUGGUGUUCACAUCUCACCUGGAAACUCACCUUGAAGCCUCGUCAUAAAACAUUUCUUCUCCUUG